UGUACCGGCAGACGUAAUACAAGCAUCUCAUCGUGUAACGCGUCAGCUUCGUUCAGUCUUGCUCCGACUUUCGUGUCGCGUGGUUUAGUAUGUAAAAUUAUCUCUCUUAUUUAUUUGUCACGUGAUAAGUUCAACGAUCAUUCAACACGCUAAAGUUUUAGCAAUUGUAAACAACGCGUUUACUGACAUAAUAUGGAAUUGUGUAAUAAUUAAAUAUUUAAAGUGUUGCUUAAUGAAGUGAAUAAAUACAAAUUCGGUGCGCAAUAAAUAUAAAAGCUAUAAUAUUGUUGAUUAUUUUUUAUAUUUAAAAUAAAUUUGUUUAAUUUUUGAAUGAAAUUAUUUCAAUGUUAGAUCAUUAAUUAAGGUCAAUUUUUCCAAGUGUAAAGUCGUGACCUUGAGUGUAAAAUACGCGGACUAAUCUAAAAUCAACAACUUGAUAUCAUGAAGACGUGACACAAACUAUCAGAAGUGGGCAAUAAUCACUGAAAAAUUAAUUUAAAGAUGGCAAAAAGUGCAGAAAGAUUACCUGGUAGUUCAACUAGAAUAAGGACACGUGAUGAUGGUUGUUGUUCAGUGAAUUUUCUUAAAUAUGUUCUUCAUAUUUACAAUGUUGUCUUAUUCCUUUCCGGAUUGGUUGUUGGUGGAAUAGGAAUAUGGACAGUAAUUGCAAAACACAGCUAUAUCUCAUUAAUGGCAACAUCAACAUACCCAAUACUCGCAUAUGCUCUUAUAGUUGCUGGAACUCUUGCAGUAAUUGGUAGUUGGCUUGGUUGCGGUGGUGUAUCAUCUGAGAACAGAUGUGUUUUGUUAAUGUACAUUUUCGUUGUAAUGGCUGUUUUGGGAUUAGAAGCAGGAGUUGGAGUAUUGGCGAGAUUACACGAAGAGCAGGUUGGUCCAGAACUAAAGGAAACUUUGAACCGCACCUUCCUCGAAUAUUAUUCUGUGAGCUCUCGAGAAACCACAGCGAUUGACAAAAUGCAGAUAGAAUUUAGAUGCUGUGGAGCUCAUAGAUUUGAAGAUUGGUUAGCAAGUGAAUGGUAUAAAGAUGAACAAGUACAACGUGAUGGAAGUUUAGUACCCGAUAGUUGUUGUAAAACUCCAUCAUUAUAUUGUGGACGACGAGAUCAUCCAUCAAAUAUUCAAUACACAGGAUGUAUAUAUAAAUUUUUGGAGACAACGAAAGAACAUUUAAUAAUAUUGGGAGCUGUUGGACUUGGUUUAUCUGUUCUAGAAGUUUUUGGUGUUAUUCUUGGUUCUUGCCUUUAUAUAAAACUACGCCACGAUUUUGAUGACUGAGACAUAAUUAAUUACGCAAUUGAUAAUAAUAAUAGAAAUACAUGGUGUAAAUAUACAGAGAAUUCUAAGUCUGAUAUCAGUACAACAUCAGAGUAACGAUAAACAACUAAUUGUUAUAUAAAAGAUUUUAAAUAAUCGUUUCUCUGUCUAUUUAUUCAUUGUAAAAUAAUACUCGAUAACUAACAACUCUGAAAAAAAUUAAUCAUGUAUGAGAAAUUUACGAAUGGAUAUUUUCAAUUGGCUUUAUUUUGUAAUUGAUGGAAUUCCCAUUGAUAUCAUAUUAUUAAUUCAAUGCUCGUAAAAAAAUUGUAUUUACGAUUCGACAGUCAUAAAUCGAUUAUAUGUCACUUAUUUAUAAAAUGAAUAUAUUUUAUAAGUGAUUAUUAAAAAUAAAUUGUAAGAGAUUAAUAUAAAAAUUGUACAGAAAAAUAUAGUU